UAUUGCCAGUACCUUUUUAUUCAUCUGACGAGUAGCUCUAAAAUAAUUCUAUACGAAACGGAAUGCAUACGGAUCACCCAAAAUGGCUUUGAAUAUUCCGUUUAAAACGCCCUUCAUGGGUCACGUCGACUCUGUGGUGGAGUUGAGCUUCAGCAAGGCCUGUGAGGGCCGCUACAGCUUGGCAUUCGUCGGACAGAAUGGCCUAGUCAUUGUGCGGGAUUCUCGCGGUGAAAAUGUAGACAGUACUAUAAACCGGGAGGGUCACCAGGGGGCCGUGUACGGAGUGUCCAUGAGUGCGAAUGCAUCGAUUGUGGCGACGGGUAGCGAGGAUGGCACCGCCCGCAUUUGGAGCGUAACCAGUGCCCAGGAGUUAAAGAAGUUCCGACAUGUCCAGAUGGUGUCAAGUGUAGCCUUGGACACUGAGUCGAAGCACAUGCUCACCAGCAGCCAGGAGCGCCAUAGCAAGAUCCGUUUGUAUGACGUGAAUCAAAGCCAGGAAUGCCUGAGCAUUUACAGAAAGAGCCGACGGGGCGUGCGCAACGUGAUCUUCUGCCGGGAUGAUCGCUCGUUUCUCGCCUCGUCCUACGAUCGGACCGUCGAGCUGUGGGACGUUUCGAGUGGCCAGAGUAGCCACAAGAUCACGCUGCCCCAUCACGCCAAGAGCCUGGAGUUGUGUGCCGAUGGUAAGACGGUGACCAUCGCCUAUGGCGGAAGCGUAGUCUUCUUCGAGGCGGAGACCUUCAACAUACUCUGGCAUCGCAAGAUGCCGUUCAAGGUGGUGGGCGCAUCGCUGCAUCCACAGAAGAAGAGCUUUGUGAGUGCCGACUACGACGGAUUCAUUUACAAGUACAGUUACGACACAGGCGAGCUACAACUCAAAUUUAGGGCCCACUUGCAAAGCGGGGCACAAUAUUACCACUAUCAAGUACAGUCCCGAUGGCGAGAUGUACGUCAGCUCCUCGACCGAUGGCCACAUCACACUCUGGCCGCAGAAAUCUGAGAACGAGAAUGACGAGGAGGGCUUCACAACUGCACCUAAUUCUGACAGUAAUGAAGACGCAGAUGCAGACCCGGAAAUAUGGGUAGACACAUAUGAAGAAGAAGAUUUCGAUUAUUAGUUCAAGCCACUACACAACUGUACCACAAUUACUCUUCGUUCUGUUCAUCAUUUGUUUUUGUUUUCGUUUUCGUUUUAUUUUAUACUCAAUCAUCAGUACACUCCAAAGGGUUCCAUGCCCUGCUCUGCAAUGCUGUGGUCGGUCUCCUCUCUAAUAAAUUUGUCUGCGCCUGCGCAGCGUCGUGAUUGAAA